AUUUUGAGAACAUUAAUUAUUAACAUAAGUAAUGCUAGGUUUGGGAAGUUCUGCUGGGACCCUUCCUUGGAUUUGGAAAUUAAGAAUAAUAUUGCUCAGCAUAAGAUGGGAUCUCAUUUGUAGACCAAAGCGACUUGGAGGAUUAAGCUUCCGGGCUUUUAGAGCUUUCAAUUUAGCUAUGUUGGCAAGGUAAAGCUGGCGUAUGAUGCAGGAUAGGACCACCUUAUGCUAUCAAGUCCUCAGAGUUAAAUACUUUCCCAAUGGAGAUUUCUUGGGAGCUUCUGCAGGAGCUAACGCUUCUAUGGUCUGGCAAGGGGUUGUUGCUGGCCUUGGUAUUCUUAAAUUGGGAUCAACAUGGAGAAUAGGUACUGGACAGGACGUCAGACUUUGGAGAGACAACUAGUUGCCUUCUGGGGCCAUCCCUCGGCCACAGUCUGCUCUUGUUUACCAGGACAUGGAUGAUAGGGUCAGUGCUUUAAUAGAUGUAAAUAAAGGCUGCUGGAAGUAAGGAGAUGUUCGACAACAGUUCUGUGCA